UAUCGGGGAUAAUUGUUACUCGAUCGCGCUAGAACUUUGUUCAGCUUCCCCAACAUGCAAGCCAAAGGGCCAUCACACUCAUUCUUGUGAAGGGAGGCCAAUCACUCUCUUUCCUUGACCACCUCAUGAUUCUUCCCCAUGUCAUGAAGGCUCUCCCUUCUACUACAAAAGGCACCUUCGGGACCAUCCCAAUGCGUUCCUUUCGCAGUCCUUUCAGCUCUGCAAUGGGCCAUAACUCUCAGAUCUCCUGGCGCAUUUCUUGCCGCGUAAUGUCUACACGGUUCAGAUCAUUUCCGCACCUCCGUGGCUGCCCCCAGGUUGCGCCCAUCGUAUCCUCGGGGAACUCGGCUUCACGACGCAUCCCAGACGCCCGCCAUUUUGGGCUAGGAAGACCAAGUCUGUAUGCUGGUUAUUCCACAACAAGGAGAUACACUACCCAGUCCAAGAGGGGGAUUUCCGCAGACGAUUAUAUCCAGGAAUUGCAAGAUUUAUAUGAGAUAGCUAAAGACGAGCUAGAGAUCGCGACUGAAUCUACGGAUUCCCUCACCAUCUAUGCCGAAUCCGAUCGUGCAACGCUACGCGAAGCGUUUGACGAUUUAGCGCACGCCUAUGAUGUAUAUACAGGGGCUACUUCAUCCUCGUCUCCGAGCCCCAAAGGGCAAAGUGAAGGAGCUCAAAGGGGCGCUGCGCUAGACUCCAGCGAUAUACCAGUAGAUAUUAGGGAGGAGAUCAAGCGCAGAGUUGGGCAGCGAAUACGAGAAUUAAGAAAUGCCGUGGAAGUCCUUGAGGAACGUUCAAAAUCAGAAUAAUCAAUUGCUCAUUAGACAUCUACCUGAAUAUAUGGACAUGAACAUAUUGCUAGUGAUGCGAUCUUUGAUGUAUGUUUGUACAGAACAUAGUCUCGUAACAAACACAUCAUUGACAUUAUUUAUAUACUGGUUGAGCAUAU